GUCAAAACAUCCUUGGGGCCGGAAUCUUUCUCCGCGGCUUCGCCUGGGAGUUCAAGGUUCCCUCGGCGGUUUGGCAUUGGCCCUGUGAACCGAAGCCUGUUAACUCUUGUCUUCUCGCCUGCGUUUGUUUCUACACGGUCUGGAAGCUGGAGGAUGAAGCACGUCUCUAGUGUGAUUGUGAUUUUGAUCAUGGCCAUCUCCAACUCUUUUCACCUGGAACUAGUAGCCGGGUCCAGCUGCCAAGAAGCUGCACGCCCGUCCGCGGGAGCCCUGGUGCUCAGGAAUGACCGCACCGGGCCCCAGGGGGAGCUUCCCAGUCGUCCUCGGCCCAAGUUCGUGCCGCCGGUGGGGAUCCAGGACAGCAAGGAGCUAAACAAAACCUGCUGUCUGAACGGGGGCACCUGCAUCUUGGGGUCCUUCUGUGCCUGCCCCCCCUCCUUCUAUGGACGCAACUGUGAGCGCAGCACACACGCACAGAAGUGUGGCUCUGUGCCCCAUGGCGCCUGGCUGCUGCCCCGCAAGUGUUCCCUGUGCAGGUGCUGGCUUGGCCAGGUCCGCUGCUUGCCCCAGACCUUCCUGCCCGGCUGUGACGGCCACAUGAGCGACCAGCGCCUGGCGGCUUCUGGGACCCCGGAAUCGAUGCCGCCUGCGGGACCCGCUGUCCUGCUGCCUGGCAUCUGCCUUUUCCUGCAGACCAGAUUCUAGACGCCCGGCGAAUUCAAGGCCAUGGCGCCAACUUCAGGACAAAAAGAUGUUGGAUGAUCCUCUGGGCUGCUUUGAAAUAACACAGUUCCCAUACUGAGCGCCCCACUUGUACAGCACUGGCUACUUCCUGUACUUUGUAAACAAAAAGUCAGUGACCUACCUGGUGCCGUCUGCUUCUUGAUACGCAUAACCCAAUACUUUCAAACGGUUACAUCUACAGGUCACUGAAGGCCAGUCCUCAGGA